AUGCUAUGGCUAUGGCCAUGGCCACUGCUGCUUCUUGGUUAUCUGUUCAAGGUUGCUGGAGCCGCUGCUCUUCCACCUCGGCAUCCUAACUUUUUGGAUGACCAUGAUGAGCAACGAAAUGCGAACCACGACGAGCAACGAAAUGCAAACCACAUUUUCAACGCAAUUCACUCGUCCAUGCGGCAAUGGGGGUCGUCGCUGAAUCAUAAUGGCAUGUCUUUGUUUCUGGCCCAGGUCCCUGCCGGCACGCAGUUCUACCAUGGGACCGGCCUCUCCCAGCCAGUCCAGGGCAUGGAGUGGCUGGCCUUUGAGCCGGAACACGCCAUCAACUUCGCAAGGGGUCACAAGGCGCCAGGCAAGAAAGCUCCCAACAAGGCACCCGGCAAGAAACCUCCCAACAAGGCACCACUGGAAGGAAUGGCGGAUAGACCUCUUGACUCGAUAGGAGGAUACGAGUACGAGGAUCCUCCUCCCUCCUCAUCGGCCAGCAACGUCCAAAAUAUGCUGGGCCCCUUCCCAUAUUCCCCUGACCAGAAUCCCGUCAUGGCCCAUGUCGGCCGUGGUCGACCCAGGACAAGGCCUCUCCCAGAGCGGUCCGGCUGGCUCCAUACCUACAGGACCAAGAGCCAAUUGCCCUUGCUUUACAUUGAUGGCAUGUCCGCGGGUAAAUGCGAUAAGGGAACGCUGGACACUCAGGACAUCCUGCUUCUGAAUGUCACCAACGAAAGCGAUGGCCAGUUUUGGGAGCGCGAGCGUGCCCAACGGCUGUGCCAAAUGGCCACGGAGACGUGGAAUGGCAAGAUCAAAGGCUUCAUCCGCAUGGAGGCCGGGUUUGAAGUCAUCUUAUGCUCCUUCGCCGACAAUCUUGAUUUCCUCCAGGCGGUCAGGGCAGGCCCAUUUGCUGCAGGAGACGAAGUUCCCGACCCCGACCCCGACACUGACGACAAGUCUCUCAGGUGGCGGCCGUCCGAUUGGAUCAGGGCCAUCGCUGCACGAUACGACGGUAUUGGUGGAGGCAGAGUCACACUCAACUACGACAGCUUCGUCACGGCAUACAACUACGACCUGGACCUUUUCACGCAGGACGAUGGUCUGCCUAGGCUCACAGAUGCCGCGGCCGCAGUCCUGGACAAGAUUCGUGGUGAUGUGGAUGGCAUGGUAAACAGAUGGGAUCCGUCGCUGACACCAAUGCCAGCGAUGUCAACUGAUUGGCAGAGUAUUGCAGAUAUGGUUGUGGCACGAUAUGCCAAGCGGCUGAAGUAUCUGACCUCUGGCGCACUCACCACGUCGCAGGAGUUGUCUGCAGAACUCGGGACAUUCCUGCGCGUCUUUAUCGACUCCGACGCACGCAAUACUACUGCUGAGGUUGACAGGUGUGCCUCGCAAUUCAUCCCUGCCCACGUCGAAUCGCCAUCAGUGGCCGUGGCCGUGGCCGUGGCAGUGGCAGCUCGAGCCAUUCGGUCCGUCACAGCCACCAUCUGUUCGUCUUUGUUUGCAGCUCUGGACUCGGACUCGCCCUUCUCUGACUCCAUGACCAACCUGCGCUCCCUGGUCGAGUAUCUGGCGUGGACAGGGUGGGAGCGAUGUCCUGAGUGUCCGCUGGAUCAGGUCUGCUUUAUCCCCAUGUGGCCAUUUGGCGCCGUCGAAGACCGCCAGAGCCCACAGUGUCGGAAUGCUACCGAGCUGAACGGACGAUCAGGAUAUUGGGGCAAUUUCGGCCCAGGCCAUGGGCGUCAUGGUCCUGGUCCUGCUCACCACGGCAAAUAUCUGGAUGGGGAUAGGGAUGGGCCCGGAGAAUGA